AUGAAGAGACACCCGCAAGGUUCAUCUAAUAAGGCUGCUAGAACUUCUAGUGAUGAUACAGAACUCAAAACCCCUACAGAAACAUGCCAUCCAAGAACAACUCCCUCAAAGUUGCCGUCGGGGGUACAUCGCAAUCAUCAGUCCGAACUUGACGACUUUGCCAACAAUGUAUUUUCCCGCUCCUUCAACUCUUUAAUUCUAGAUGACAUCGAUGAUGAGGAAUUCAAGCCAAAAAAACUCAAUAAGAGCCCACCUUUCAAUGUAAAGCAGGGCUUACAUUGUUUUGAUACUAUAGACGACACUUUGGAUGAUAGUGACGCAACUACGACUCGUGUGCAAGACGAAAGAGAAGGUGAUGGUUCGUUUGCGACAGACACAGAGGCCUCGACGCUGAGUCCUAUUCUCCCUCGCCCAUCAAAUGUGCCCUUUACUGGGAAGAAACCUCUUUUGAAACGUUCCUCCAAGUUUUUCAAUCUAUCCAUUGACUCAAACUUCAAAGAUGACCCACAACUGUCGCUGGCGACACACGAGAAUAUCCCGUCUUCACUGCCGCUCAUAGACAAGUCUACUCCACUCAAUAAGUUCAAGAGACCACAUAAGUUAGUGAGCCAAUCUCCAUCACCAAGCUCUGCCAGCAAACAUAAGAGCACUUUUGACUCAGUCAUUUCAAAAACGCAUUCAGAUCAAAGCAGUUACAAAAUGUUUAAAAACGCAAACAAACUUCGCAUCAUGUCACCUUUAAAGCUGUCGAGCAACUUGUCUUCAUCUCCUGGACGAAGAGAAUUUAACUUAAAAAAGUUUUUCAAAAGCCCAAAUUCAAAGUUCAAGAACUCGUCUUCACCAUUGAGUGGGUAUAACUUUGAUCCGUACAAUACUGAUGAGUCUCCACUGAAGUCCCAUAAGAAAUCAUCUGUUUCUUCCGGUUCUAACUUCUCCAUAUAUCAUGAUACUGAAAAGACUGACGUGGAUGCCGAGCCUAUGAAUAGGAGUACUAGCGCAGGCCUGAAAAAACUAAAACAUGAUGAAGAGAAGGAAAACAAGCUUCAAGUUCCUCUGAAAACAACUUCAAGAUCUUCAUCAAAAUCAUCAUACAAGUUUGUCAAACCACUUCAAACGGCCUUUGAAUCAACAGGAUUAUUGAAAAAGAAUUCGGUUCCUCAACCCCUGAAGAAACUACCGCCGGAAACACCCAUGAAAAAGAACCCGCUUAUCUUGAUGGGUAAAGACAUGAAUCGGACUUUAGACUUUGACGACAGCUACUCAAAUCAUGACCAUUCUAUUGAAGUGGGGAGAAAUGCUUCCUUUUCUCAACUCAAUGAAUCAAAUUCAUCAUUCUUCAAAAUAGCAUCUACAGUGAAAGCUGAGAAGGCCAUUGAACUUGAUUUGGACGGCCAAUCUGACCUUGAGUUUGAUGAUGUCGUUCUUGAGACCCCAACUAAGCUGAGCAGCAGGGGAAAGCAACUAAAUUUGCUUGUGCAAAAGAACCCCCAACUCACGCAGGCUCUCCGAGCCCCUAGUCUGAAUGAACCUUGCACUCCAAUUCUGCACAUGCCACCAGAUUCUGUCGCAUCUUCCCAAGUGACAAUUAACCUUCCUAGUGCUGUGCGUGAGGCAUCCAAUGAUCACACCAUCACGUUGUCUACCUCCAGCUUUCGCCAUGACCUUGACCCAGUUCUAAGUAUAGAGGCACGAGAAAAGAAGAAGCACACCGAUGAGCAUUUACUAGAAAAGUUUGGACCAAACAGCAUACGGUAUGUGGGAAGUGGCCAGUUCUCUAUUGCCUUUGAAUGUAAUUUUCAAAACGAGAAGUUUGCGAUAAAGAGAACCAGGAAGCCUGUCAUAGGCAGUCAUGAAAGGAAAUCCAUAUUGCGUGAAGUGGAAGCUUUAAGACUGCUCACUUCAAUUACUGAUGAUACAGAAGUUGAAGACGGCAAAGAAAACUUAGUAUUCUUCAUCGAAGCUUGGAGCUUCAACAACCACUAUUAUAUCAUGACAGAAUUCUGCGAGGGAGGAACCCUAUAUGAGUUUCUUCAAGAAAACAAAAAUUACAAGAUUGAUGAAUUUAGGGUGUGGAAAAUACUUAUUGAGAUCUCAUCUGGUCUAAAAUUUAUUCAUCUGAAGAACUUUUUGCAUCUUGAUUUAAAACCGGCGAACAUCUUCAUUACCUUUGAGGGAGGUUUGAAAAUUGGGGACUUUGGUUUAUGUACAAAACUUCCAAUACUUGAGAAGGAUUUUGACAUUGAAGGUGAUCGGAAUUACAUUGCACCUGAGUUGCUAAAUGACAAGAUUUACACACCAUUUGCGGAUAUCUUUAGCGUGGGAUUGAUAAUAUUGGAGAUCGCAACAAACAUAGUAUUGCCAGGAAAUGGAUCGCCAUGGAGGAAGCUUCGAAGUGGCGAUUUGAGUGAUGCUGGUAUGUUGUCUAGUGACAACAUAAGCGAUUUCUUGAAUCACAAUAAUUUUUCCUCCUUGACUUCUUACACGUCAUCAUUGAAUUCAAUCAAUGCUCAGCCCAUGAGCCUGCAUCAUUUGAGCUCUGCCGGUUCAUCAGUCAUAUCAAAUUUCAACUCUACGCCGCUCCAACCACCAGUGAACACGAAAACAGGAGGUUCAUCUGGAUCGCUUUCUAUUCAACAUGGUUCGAGAUUGAUAGAGAACAUUAGGGAUCUUAUUCCGAAAGGUGCACCAGAGUUUCUCGUGGCCAAUGGUCACAACCUUGACAAAUUAGUGAGCACUAUGCUCAAACCAAAUCCGUUUGAAAGACCAACUGCGCUCCAGAUUCUUGAAAUGGAGGAAUGCGUCGAAAUUGAGAACAGAAGAAAAGCAGGAGCCACUAUUUUUGAAGGCGAGUUUGGACCGAAUGAUGAUGAGUAG